UCUAGCCACCGGUGAGAUGGAAUAUUUGGGAGAUGGCGAAGGGAUGAAAGGAAACCGGGGCUUGGCCGUGAGCACAGCUGGGGGUGACGACGCGUUUGCAGGAGCCGUUGUUGCUGCAGUCGAGGAUGCCCAACGCGAGAGCGUUGCACUGGUCCACUACAUCGGUCGGGAGUACGUUGAUCCGCCCAACAACUUGGUGCCUCUUACUUUGAAGCAAGUUUCCAUGCUAACUCCUUCAGCCAGGCAUGGGGGGGCACUAUCGAUACAUGGGAUGCCUGUCAACACGGCACGACUGCUUGGUAGGGUGUGGAACCGUACGGAAUCGUCGGAAGAGAUCAGCUUCGUUCUAGGCGAUGGCACUGGGUCUAUCGAAGCCAAGAUAUGGACAAUAGACGGGGAGUACAUGCGGGCGUUACGUGAAGUUAGGAAUGGAGACUACGUUGUGGUUAACGGCUCUAUAAGGACGCGGGAUUCUGUCAUGCAUAUACGAGCCUACUCAACCAGGCUUGUGACUAACUACAACGAGAUUACUAACCACUUCCUCCAUUGCAUAUACGUCUCCCUCGAUCUUCAGAAGCAGGCAGGCUCCAUCAUUUUUGUAAUGCGCGUCCUGAACACCAAAACAUGCCACCUUUUUUUACGUUGACGUCGAUGCUUUAUUUCUACAGUUGAGGGAGAGAGAAAUGGAUAUUCGUCGGGCGAAUCUGGUGGUAGCCUCAAACGAGCAGUCUCAGGCUCCCAACGGCGCGGAGAAGCUUUUUGGUGAUGUUCUUCAAGUUUUCUACCGUCCAGGAAUAGUCGAGCUGGAAAACGGGGCUUCGUUCUCUUUGAUUCAAUCUGAGACAGGUGCAGAUGCGGACCAACUCAGGACUGUUAUCGGAGCUCACGUCGCUAUGGGCAACCUUUUCACCACCAUUGAUGAUGACCAUUUCAAGUGCUCGUUCAACGGAUAAAAGUUGGUUGAGAUGUGGCGCACAGUACGUCUACUUCUUCAACGGGAAUGAUUUCGGUUAAAGAUCUCCGAGAAAUGACUAUCCAUUGUUUUUCCAUUUUGUAGUUUCAUUCUGUUGUCUCAUGUGUAAGUUUUUCCCAUGGUUUUGUUGACCUUGA